AUGAGCUCGUGGGACAACUUGGUCGAAGAGGCACUUGCAAAGCUCGAAUCUUUGAAACACCUACUGCCUAUAAGAACCAUUCAUCUUUCCAACCCCAAUGACCAACAACAAAUACGCAUUGAAAAUCAUGAAACAACUCAAAGCUCCUCAUUAUCCCAACAAGGAAAAGCCAGCUUCCAAGUGUUUAACGAAAUACAGCCAUGGGAUCUGUGUGCAGUGGAGGUUCAAGUUGCAGAAGUAGCGUUUCAGAGAUUGAUUCAUUUCCUUCCUAGUACUGGAGAGGAGACAUUCUCAAGCGAUAAGGUAAAUGAUAAUGAAGAAGAAACCCAUCUUCAGCAGUUCAAAAAGCUACUUUUGUUCUGUGGAAAUGAUUAUUUGGGCUUGACCUCACAUCCAACAAUUAAAAGGGCUGCUGUGAAGGCAGCCCAAGAACAUGGAAUGGGCCCAAGGGGUUCUGCUCUAAUUUGCGGCUAUACUAAUUACCAUAGGCAACUAGAAUCAAGUUUGGCAGAUCUACAGAAGAAAGAGGAUUGCCUUCUCUGUCCAACAGGGUUUGCAGCCAAUAUGGCAUUGAUGGUAACAAUAGGAAGUAUUGCCUCUCUUCUGGCCGUGGGCAGAAAACCUUCAGAGGAAGAAAGGAUUGCCAUAUUUUCUGAUGCGCAAAAUCAUGCAUCAAUAGUAGAUGGUAUUUAUCUUGCUGAGCGGCAACAAAGUGUGGAAGUGUUCGUCUAUCGACAUUGUGACAUGUCUCACCUUAAUGCACUAUUAUUGAAAUGCAAAUUGAAGAGGAAAGCCGUUGUAACUGACAGUUUGUUUAGUAUGGAUGGAGACUUUGCACCAAUGGUUGAAAUUGCAAAGCUUCGUAAAAAGCAUCAGUUUUUGUUUGUUAUUGAUGAUGCUCAUGGAACAUUAGUUUGUGGUAAAAAUGGGGGCGGAGUAACUGAGGAGUUCAAUUGUGAAGGAGAUGUCGACAUAUGCAUUGGCAGUUUAAGUAAGGCCACAGGCUGCAUUGGUGGAUUCAUAGCAUGCAGCAAAAGUUGGAAGCAACUCAUACAAUCAAGGGGACGCUCCUUUAUAUUUUCCACUACUAUGCCGAUCCCCAUUGCUGCAGCUGCCCAUGCUUCUGUCAUUGUGGCGAAAAAGGAAACAUGGCGUAGAAGGGAAAUUUGGAAAAGGGUGCAGGACUUUCGCGCUCUUACUGGAAUCCCCAUCAAAAGUCCUAUAAUAUCGUUUAUUGUAGGGAGUGAAGAAAAGGCACUGCAAGCUAGCCGGCAUUUGUUGACAUCUGGUUUCUACGUAAGCCCAGUCAGACCCCCAGCAGUGCCACCCAACUCAUGCAGGCUUAGGGUGACUCUCAGUGCGGUACACACAACAGAUGAUUUGAAGAAGCUCACCACUACACUCUCACAGUGCAUUGCUUUCAGAGAUAUUGGCAUCCAAAACUCAAAUAAAUGUGCAAAGUUGUAGUAUUUCAAUUCUCUUUCUCCCCAUCCUAGAUUGCAUUAAAUCCUUUUUAAAAGAAGGAUUGGAAUGUUUUAAACUUUGCUCUGUUAAAACAGUAAUGAUUAAGAUACUUAUGGGCAACUUA